CUCCCCCCAGCGCGCCGCCUCCCGCGCUCGGCGCUCGGCUGGCGCGGCUCGGCGGGGACAGAGGCCGGCGCGGAGGGCCCGGCCGUACCGGGUGCGGCGAGCGGGCAGCGACGGCCCAGCGAGCGGAGGGGAAGACCCGUGUCUGCCUCUUGGCUCUUCCCACGUGCCGCCCCCAUGGCAGCGAUCUACUCCGGGAUUUACCUGAAGCUGAAAAGCAACAAGACUGCUUGGGAGGACAAACUCAAACUAGCCCGGUUCGCGUGGAUUUCUCACCAGUGCGUCCUGCCUAAUAAGGAGCAAGUUUUGCUUGAUUGGGUAAGCCAUACAUUGGUUUCCAGCUACAACAAGAAACUUAAACUGGAAGAUGAAUUUGUUGAAAAACUCUGGGUGUAUCUCGACAAUAUUAUCCAUAGUAAAAGACUACAGGAUCUCAUAAGGAGUGGGAAGACAGUUGGUCUCAGUUUUUCAGUUGCACAGGUCAUAAACAAAAGGUUAUCAGAGGCCUGUUCUGAAAAAACGCAGCAGAACAUUGGCACUGUGCUGAGCUGCUCCAGUGGCAUCCUGUCUACUCCUUCACUGUCCAUCAUUUACACAACAAAGUGUGAGCUUUUGGUUGAUCUCCUCAGCAAGCUGUCCAAGCUGGCAUGUCAGCAGCUGGCUUCUGAAGAUGCUGUGGGCUCCCAGUUGUUCAGUGUCCUCCAGCUCGCCUUUGCUCAGUACCUCCCGUUCCAGAGGCAGCAAACCAACCUAAUACGUGUGUUUGGGCUAGUGACAAGUCACUUACUCCAGCCAUGUUUGCUCCUGAGGCACUUGCUGACUGUGAGGAGCUGGACACAAGCGGAUGAUAACCACGUGCGUCAGCACCUGAGCAGAGAAAUACAAAGCCAAAUAGAAACUUUGCUGCAGGCUGGGUUAUUUCAGCCUGAGCUUUUCUCAUCCUACAAAGAAGAGCUGCUGCCAGAACAGCACAAGAGGAAAGGAGGUUUCAAAACUGUUUUGCUACCAGUGAACACAGUGCAGAGCAAGCUGGGCAGUGACUUGUGUGAACCUGCCCUCCAUGGAGCGGUUGUGGCCAGUUCGGUGUCCCUGCUGUAUAAGCUCUUUCUGGACUCGUUCUGUAAGGCAGAAAACCACCUUGUGUGUUUCCAUAUGUUCAGCAGGCUUUUUGGCUGUCUCAGGCUCUCUGACCUGCAGGAGGAGGGGAGGAGCGAUGGGCUCUCCCCUGUGGACUGGAGCACGGAGCUGCUUGCUUUGGAAGAGCUUCUGAGCUUGGUGCUCAGCAAUGAUAUCUAUAACGUUGCCAGUGACCGUAUCCGGCACAAGGAGGUGCAGUUUGGGUUUUACCGGAAGCUAGCACAGAUGCUGCUGACAUACUCCCAGUCUUCCAUCCCUGCUUGGUUCAGGUGUCUCAAACUCUUGAUGUCGUUAAACCACCUUAUAGUAGAGCCAGACCUGGAUGACUUGGUGUCAUCAGCUUGGAUUGAUGCCGAGGCCUCUGAGCCACGUACAAAGAAGCCGCAGGAAGCUCUCAUCAGCACCAUAUUCCAGAUUUACUCCAAGCUGAGGCAGUUCCCACGGCUCUUUGAAGAAGUGCUGACAGUCAUUUGCCGGCCAGCUGUUGAUGGUCUAAGGCCACCCGUCUUCUCUGCUGGCCUGACAGUAAAGCUUCGUGAGUGCCUUCUUGAAUUGCCACCCAACCAGAUUCUGGACAUCCUGUGUCUCUUUGUGGAGAAAUGCCAGGCCCUUAUCAUUCCAGCUGUUGAAGGGUCAAUUGACAUGGCCUUGAAGCUGAUGUCAGUGUGCUCGGUGCUGCAUGCUUUUCUGUUCAACAUGAGGAGCCUAGAUGAUGUCACUCCUUCCCCUGUGGUGCUUCGCACUCAGCGGUUGAUGGCAAACAUACAGAAGGGAAUAACUCAGCCACUGAUGGAGCUGCUGCAGGCUCCCAGAAGAGAGGAAGGAAAGUCAGAGCUUUGGCUAAGAAAGGCCAGUGACGCCGCUCUCCUCCUUGUUUACACUUGGGUUGAGGUAGACUCUCUGUUUGGUAUUAGCUGCAGUAAAUACGUGUCUCCAACAGCUGAAAUUGCUGGUACUGAACCUGCUGCAAGGCACUGCAGCUUUUCAGCUUUUCUGCCUGGUGUAAAGGAGCAGUGUUGGAGGACAGUUAUGGAACUUGCAAGUAGAUUUACCUCCACUAGUAAAUAUUGCUUAGAACUGCUCGCACUUCAGAGAAUGAAGAUGAUGUUAAUGCAGACUGAAGCUGACCUACAGGCAUUGCAGCAUGCUGCAGCUUUCAUCCUGGAGUCUGGAAGAUCCACCAUGAGCAGAGGAGAAUCUGAACCGUGGGAUGGAGAUAUCAGCGCAGUAACUGAACUUAGUUAUCCCACAGCACACUGGCACCUCAUCAUGUCCAACUUGACCAUUCUGUUGCCAUAUAUUUCCUUAAAAGAUGUAGACUACAUUGCAAAUGUACUUCUAGAGACAUUGAUGUUGGCCAAAGCUCAGGAAGCUGCCACAGACCAGGAGCCUUCCAUCAGCAUUGGAAAAAUAUCCCUUGGUUUGAUCCACAGCUCUCUUCUACCAGAAAUGAAGGUCCUGCACUGUGCUUUUCUGACCCACCUUAUUCACCAGUUUGCUAUGGUGCUGCCCACUGCUACCAGGGAUUCAGUAGAUCUGCCACUUCAGCAGCUGUCUGUGGCUAAUAUUCCUUGGCAUGAAGAAAUUCUGACUCCUUGGAAAACUGCUGACCUGUUGGAAGUACCAUCAGAAAACAAACUGCCAAAGAAUGAGCUGAGCUUGUCUUGGAAAACACUGGAGAAAGUUGCCCAAUGUAUAGUAUUGUUAGCACAAAAUGGCUGCCCUGUCAUCCUGAAAGAACGUCAGCUGCAAAGAUGCCUGGGUUUGCUAGAAAUCAUUUCUCUGCUGAAAUUAGACAGUUUUCUUCCCUCUGACUGUACUCGGUGUUUUCUGGUGCUGCUGUCCCUGCUAGUUAAUACCAAGGCUAGUGUCUCUUGCAGCAAGUUGUUAUUGCUGAAGCUUUUAAGUACUUGCCUCCACGUCCUGAGAUGCCUGCAAGCUGGCAGGAGUGCCAGCUCUGUUUUUCGGGUGUUACAUGCCAGUGAUGUUCUUGAGGCUGUCAUGGCCUCCCAGUUUACAGCUAGCAAAUUCUUCACUGAUGUCUUGACUGUUCCUGUUUGGGCACAGUAUCUCCAUGAAGUCCAAGAGUUUUUGGAAAACUUUCUUCAGGUGAUUAUUGAAAGAAGACAAAGCGCGAAGCUCAACUUGGAAAAGUUCAUGUCUUUCCUGGCGAGCUGCAGGCCAGACACAGGUGCAGCCAAAAGCAAAGACUGGAAAAACUGGAAUCCCGCAGCUGAGCAGUUACUGCUCACAGCGUUCACCACACUGUGUCAUGUGGUCACACGGCACCUCCAGCAGCUGCCAGAGAAGAAGCUGCAUUCUGCGGAUGUGCUGUCAGCUCUGUUGGAACCAGUCGUUCUGCAGAUGGUCAGAACUGUUGAACACGGUCUUCAGAGUAACACCCCAAACCAGAUUUUGCCUGUAGCAUUCAUACCAUCUGUCACUACUCUCCUCAAAGCAGAUCUGAGCCAUCCUGUCAAGAAGGACUGGCAGAAGGAGCCCAGUGGGAUUUUGGAGCAGCCCCGUAUUAAACUGUACCAAGAGUUUUACUCUCAGAUACUGAAAGAGCUGCCCUGUGCAGGGAGUAAUCUGCAGUUCCUUCAGCCUGCAUUGCAGUUCCUGACCGUCUUCUGCUCAGUGCCAGAGCUGUAUCCUGGAAAAGAAACUGCAGUCAUGGUUGUUUUUGCUAUAAAAAAGCUUCUUGCUGGUCCUGCAAUUACAACCCAGGUGAUCCGAAGUAUGGAGAUGGAGCUGACAGAGGUGCUUGUCCAGGUGCUGGGAAACUGCUCUGCUGAGGAGUUUUAUGCCAUAAUGAGACUGGUGCUGCAGGGACUGGAAGUGAGGAAUGUUUGGCAGCAGAAGGCUAAAGAAGUACUGUCAGCUGUUACACUAACCAGGUUAUUGCUCAGCUGCCCAUUAAGUGGAGACAAAGAGAAAGCUUUCUGGUUUGCCAGCCCACAGAUAAUCACAGCUUUAGCCCUGCAAACCAAAGAGGCCUGUCAGGACCAGUCACUGAUUUCCAUCAUAGUUAUACCUAUUCUAGAGACUGUGGCAGCUCUCCUAAGGCAGGGAGAAGGGGUUCUUGUGAAUCCACACCACGUUUCAUUGGCAUUCAGCAUUCUUCUAACAGUCCCUCUGGAUCAUCUGAAGACAGAAGACUAUCGUGGUGUCUUCAUGGGAGUCCAUGAAGUGCUCUUCUCUAUUGUGCAGUGUCAUCCAAAGGUACUGUUCAAAGCAGCACCAUCUUUUCUGAGCAGUUUCCAUCGUCUGGUUGUUUCUGUUAUGCAUGAAGGAUGUCAGAAAGGAGAUGGAGGCAACACGGAUGAGUUUGAAGUUACACUGAAAUGUGCACACUUGGUGGAACGGAUGUAUACUCAUAUUGCUGCAGAAAUGGAGGACUUCACUGUGUUUUCUGCUUUCAUUGUGGCUCAGUAUGUGACUGAAUUGCAGAAGGUGACUUUGCACCCAGCUGUGAAGACACAUCUCACGGAAGGAAUAUAUCACAUCCUUGACCUUUGCAUUGAACGGGACAUCAAGUUCUUAAAUGCGUCGCUCCCAGCAGGCGUGAGGGAGGUCUUUAAGGAUCUGUAUAAUGAUUACAACCACUACCACAAAGCGAAAAAGCACGGGGAGGAAAAGUACACUGCGUGAUGAAUCCUGCCUGGUGCUGCGUGAUCGGCUAUGAAUUGAUCUUGCAGUGCUCAGAAGGUGCUCAGUUGCUGUUUGGUUUGAGAUGACGAGUAAGAUCAAACCUGAGGAGAGUUCUAAACAUGGAUUGCAUUUAUCCCUAUACAGCCAGCCUUCAUAAUGGGGAGAAAGAGAGCUGGGGAGGAGGGAUGUGCUGUGCUGUUGGUUCUGGUCCUGCAUUGUGCCACAAAUGGCAGAACUGCCGUGCCUCUGCUGGCCUCCUGGUGAACUCUCUGGGAGCCUUGGGGAGCUCACUGCAAUUUGGCAGCAGAUGGCAGGCUUCAGGCUUUGGCACAUCAUAGUGCUUUCCUGUGGAAGCAAUACUCUGGUCUAAAAGCCAGUGAGGGAUAUAACCCCUGUUUUUGCUUACAUGGUAAGCAGAAUUAAAGCAGUUAAAGCGCUUAUUUUUGUACCCUGUUAUUUUACACUUUUUAACUGAAGAAAUUUUUUAAUGUUACACAGCCAUUACAGUAGGUUACUGUGGAAACCUGCAGAAAUGACAGUAAAAAAUUUGAAAGAUUGUAUCUCUCUGCUUGAUUGGUUUCGCUGUCCAGUCCAGCCCUGGGCAACCUGGUCUGACCUAUUGAAUUUCCUUCCCAACUUUAUUAUCCUCUGAUCUCAUGAUAAUCAAAAGGACUGACUACCUGGAGCUCUGGUCGAUUUACUGUCAUUAGGCAAUUACACUUAGUCAUCUGAGCUGUGGUCACUCUCAGGGUACAGUUUUAUCUUAUGACAAAUAUAAAUUACCACUGUCACUAUCUGAGACCGGUCUUGGUCUAAGCUGAGCCUUGCUUUGCAUUCACUCUAGGUUAAGAGUAAGCCCUCGACCUCUUGCAGCUCAGCUUCUGACAGGAGGCUUUACCAAGUUUUAUCAAAUAGCUCCCUUUCAUUAGCUAAAUAAUGGAAGUUUAGUUUUUCGAAACUGAUACAUACUAAAGAUCUAAAUUCUUCUGCAAGUGUUAAAACAGUCUUUGCACGUACAUGUAGGUAGUAGAAAGAACCCAGUACUCUGAUAUGAUUAUCUGCUUUAAUCUAUAGAUGGGGGGUGGCCAGAGGGAGACUGGAGUGUGGCUUACCACUUUUCUGGGUCCAUCUACCUCAUAGCGAGGUCCAAAGGAUGAAGUUUGUCCGGGGCAAAAGACUCCAUGUGGCUCAGAUGAGGGAAGUGACCAGAGCUCGCUAAACUUCAUCCUGUGGACUGGAGAUGAUCCUCAUCUCAUCCUGAAAAAGCAUCUUGGAGAGCUUUGAUACUGUGCAAGCACUGUUCAGAAGCAACAGUGCUAUGUUAGUAACAUGUUCUAGUCACAAAUGCAAACCACAGUGGUGUAUAGGCUGCCAUGAAGCAAGUUAACUCUGUCCAAGCUGGAUCCUGUGCACCACUAGGGCCCCUUGUGUAUUUUAUUUCAUGUGGGCCAGCAGUGGGAAGGGAGUUACUUCUGCCCCACCAGGAGGUGGGACAGUGACAUAGGUCCAGAAGAGAAACAUGUAAGAGCAGGGUGGGCAUCCAAAGGGCCACCAGAGAGGGGAGGUCUCCAGGGUAGGACACCGGAAAACAAAGGGAGGUUUUGAGCUCUGGGAGAGGAUGUGGAAAGAACAGCAGAAAAAAAGAGCUGGGUUUGGAGCGGGGGAGGAAGGAAGUGAGGGAGGAAGGAAGUGAGGUAGCAUCUUGGCUGUAAGUGUCAGGGCCCCCCGAUGCAGCCAUAUGGUGCAAGCCACACAUAUAGCCCCAAAGCCUCUGAGUGCAGACCACAGUAAAUAAUGUUAGCCAAAGGAGGUAAACUAGCUGAGCUGAGAUCAGAUUUAUUUCAUUAAUACUAACUUUUAAAAUCUUACCAGUUUUAACCUCUUGGCUUGGAAAUGAAAAUAUGUUUCUGACUUAGAUGUACCGGGGUGAUGGAAUUAACAGACCCCCACUAUCAAAAGGGCACAGUGCUUGAAUGAAUGAAAAUCUGAAAUCCUGCCACAAUUAAACCUUUAUUUCAAGCACCCCAUACAACUGCCACUUAUCCCACAGCCCCCCUCCUUCUCCAUGCAAAGCAGUGGAGUUCUGGAGCACAAAGCAGCGUUUCUGUGUAGAAGUGACAAAGGGGUUAAAAGGAAGGCUGUCUUUCACUUGCUAAUCCCAGGUCUUUGUCCAAGAACUGCUCCGGAUUUUUUUUUUAGCUCGAAUAAAUUAAAUCACUGGCAGAGGACCACCUGCUGAGAAAGCAGGCUUUGUGCUCCCGAGUGCGUUCCCACGUGGGUGCAGUUUUCCUCUGUUGUCACACGAUGGGGCCAUCCUGCAAGGGUACAAAGCACCGUCUGAAGUCAGUUUUGGAGCCCUUCCUCCUGGGCUGGGUUAGUUUACGAGCCUGAACGUCAGGAAGGUAAAGGGUUUAGGAGAAACAGCAUCUCAGGGGUAAAGGCAGAAAUCACGACUUUUGUUUCACUGGAGCGUUGCUUUGUGCGAGUCAAUCUCCAGGCCUUACAGGCUUCUGUAGCAGAUAUUCUUGGCCAGAUUUCCAGUUUCCACAUCCCUUCCCAGGGCUUUUCUUGCUGCAGCAUGGACAGAAAUUCCUCCUGUAGGCAGAACUCGGAGGCAGUGAUCUCCGGGUCCUGCUGGCUGUGCCGCUGGCUCAGCCGGUGUCUCUGCGUGCCGUGUUUUUCACUGGGGCACGGCCAGUGCCCAAGUCUGCAGUGCCAAAACUGGCUCAGAUAGCAAGAAACAGGAAAGGCAAGAGGAGCAGUCAAGAUAACAAAAAUCGUGCUGGGUUUAUUUACCCCUUAUUUUUGUGCGUCCGCUGUGAAAAUCAGCUGAUUUUUCUACUUACCUGGUGGUGGGGCUAAAUACUUGAUUUACCUUGCAAUUGUGGAUAGAAAUGUCAACAAAGAUGAUGGUUUAAGAGUUUAGAUAUUGUAUUACUUAUUCAAAAAUUAUUCUUCCUGAUACCUUUUGGGAAGAGACCAUUGAGUACUAAGCUUGAAAUGAAUCAGAAGCUUCCUAUUUGUUUAUUUGAUGCAGUUUUGGAGCUUCUGGAUAACAGAAGGCUCCUUCCAAAGCUAGCUUUAUGGGAUAAAACAUAAUAAUAUGAAUAAAUGAGGACUUUGAGAAAUUUCUAUACCAUUAUUACUGAACCAUUAAACGUCUCCAGUUACACAGUUUGCUGAUGAUACUAAACUGAGUGGGGAAGUGAACGCUUGAGACAGGAGAGCCAAGGUGCAGGAAGACCUGGAUAGGCUGGAAGGCUGGGCUAGCAAAAACCCUGUGAAGUUCAACAAAUACAAACACAGGGUCUCACACCUGGGAAAACAUAAUCCAGGAGUCCAGCACAGGCUGGGAUCUGCCUGUGUGGGGAGCAGCUCUGUGGAAAGGGACCUGGGGGUGCCAGUGAACAACAAGCUCAGUACAAGUGAACAUGAGCUUCUGAGGCCGAGAAAUCCAAUGGAAUACUCAAUCCCAUCAACAAGGGCAUCACCAGCAGACAGCAGGAAGUCACUAUCCCACUCUAUUUAGUGCUACUCAGGCCACACCAGGAAUAACGUGAUCAGUUUUAUUCCCCACUAUGCAAAAGUCAUGGACAGGCUGGAGAAGGUCCAGGGAGGGCUGCAGUGAUGGUCAAAGGACAGGGAAGCUUUCCAUGGGAGAAAAGGCUGAGACAAUUGGGUUUGUUUAGUCUUGAGAAAAUAAGGUUUAGAGGGAGACCUUAUCACUGUGCUCCUCUAUAUAAAGGGUGGAUACAAAGAGGAUGAAGACACCCUUUUUACAAGGAAUUACAUGGAAAACACAAAGGCUAGUGGUAAAACUGGGGACAUUCCAGUUGGACACAAGAGGAAAAUUUUUCACAGAGAGAACAAUUGGCCAUUGGAGUAAUCUCCCCAGGGAACUGAUGGAUUCCUCAACAUAGAACAGUUGGGGUUUUUUUCAGCUAAAUGACUGCUUGAUAUUUUUUCAAUGAGAAACAUGCAAAAGUGCCACUGUAGGCAGUACUGACAUUUGCUGCUGAAUGAUGUAUUCUGCAAGCAGUCAAAAUUUCCAAAAGGGAAGAGGCUCCUGUUAUUGUACCUACCCAAUAAUAUUUAUGUCACAGACAAGCAGAACAGAAACCUGACUUGCUAUGGAGCAGUACUGAUUUGUAUUCACAUACCUUUUUUUAAAACUAUGAAAGUGUUUUGGUAUUUUUAAUAGACUUUAAAGUUUGAAAAAAUUGUGAAAGAAAGUGUGUCCCUGUGACCUUCUCAGAAGCUUUAAUCUAGGAGAGCCCUCUAGCAAACCCGUUGGCAGUCCUUCAAGACAAUCUGGGAAGAAUAAAUAAACGCCUCCUAGUGACUAAGCUAUAUUGCCAUCCCUUUACUUCCAAAGAAGGAUACUGACAUUUUUGUGCCUAUUUCUGAAGAUGGUAGCAAACAAAAAUGACCAAAUCAGUUUUGUCUUUUGUAGGAAUCUCCUAAUCCAAGCAUGGUGUGGCAAGAGGUACAGGCCUGCCAUGGCUUUCAAGUGGUGACUGCUUGGUUCUUUUUAGGUGUAGACUUGUUUGUUUCAGGAGAGCUUCAUUCUGUCAUGUGCUUCUGAGGCUUCUCUUUUAAGAUUGGUGGAGACCAAUUUUUGCCCCAAAGCAGUUGUCAUUAUUUUAAUUACAUUUUGUGGAAGUUGGAUUCAGAAUUUCUUCUUGAAAUAAGUUCUACAGAUGUUCUGCACUGAAUUGGACAGCUUCUUGUGGAAGCUGCUGCAGGGCCUGGGCCCUCUUUCCAGCUGGGAAUUCACUGUAAUGCCUUUUCAGUUCUUCCCCACAACCAGAGGACAGAGUGUUUUUGCUAAUAGCUGGCAGAGAGAAUUUGGAAAGCAAACAAUAAAAGGAGAGGCAGAUUAGGGACAGGUCCCCUGUUAAUUCAUCUGUUCAAGUUUUCUGUUAGGUUCAGGUGUCUCUGCUUUUGUUUUUACUGCCUCUGCUUGAGAUAUUGGUUCCUCAGGCUUUCACAGAGCUGCUUGGGAAUGUGCACAAAGCUGACACAUUGCUGUCCUAAAGAUGACAACCAUGGGCCGCUUCUGCUGUAGGAAGGGAGAGAAGAAAAAGAGCAGGAAUGGAGGUCUGGAUGAAUCCGGUCUCUUGUCAGGACUCUGCUGAGAUGACUUUAUUAAUGAUUUAAUUAUGGGUAGGAAUCAGCAGCUUACAAGACAGAAGUUUUCAGUGGUAGCUGAAAGCAGAGCAGCUUUGAAAACCAGGCUGUUCCUGAUUUUCAGUACAUCUUAAGCAUCCACUGCUUUAUUUGGUCUGCUCCAAGCACCUAGAAGCCUUUCUGGGCAAUGGGCCACCACGUGUGCAGUAGUGUGAACUGUGAGCAAGCACUCGCUGUCCCAGCACACGCCAGGUGUGAGAGACAGUGGGUGGCAGAAGAAACAACAUUGUAGGAGAAGUGAUUGAUUUGUGUUUAGUGUUUUUAUGCCAGUUUUAGAGCAGCAUGUGGGAGUUCCCUCCAGUAACCCCAGGGAAGAAUAUUCUUGGGUUUGGGGUUUGUUAAUAUUCCAGGAAAAGAAAGGAAGAGUAAAAGACCAUCUAAAAAAAAAAAAAAAAAAAAA